GUUGUAUCUCGGAAGUUAUUGCAUAUCUACACCGGAUAGAAACGCACCAUGCUAAGGAAGCUGUUGGGUAAUCCUUGAAACUACUAUGGCUUUUAACAUCUUGAGAAAGUUCCAGAGUGUGACCACGGGUAUAGGAAGAUGCAGCUCCGUACAGAAUGGGCACUGUUUGUUGCAAUGUAUUAUCAGUCACAGUAGACGGUUGCAUUUACCCUGUGACUACAUGAAGCCAAGCCAUUGUGCCACAAGGCCAUUUAAGCUUCAUGGUAACUCUCAAAAGAUGUAUUUUUCAACCAUUAAGGAUCACCCUUACUUAAGUGGCAUUUCUUUAUGUCUGCACGAAGAUGCUUCUGACAGAAUUAGGUCUGCAAACAAGCAAUCCACAAUCAUGGAUCAAGAGGUGUUUUUAGAUCGUCUCCACGGCUGUGUAUCAGCCAAACAGGUUUUCAAGCUUCUUGCUUCCAUGGAAAUUAUGUCUGACACAGAGGCUGCUUUAGCUCUGCAGAGGAUUGCUGUCUUGGAGCAUGACCAGACCGGACUAAAGAACCCAGAAGCUGUGUUGGAAAAUGAUGUCUUUAAAGCACUUUGCUUCCAGUUUGAACAUGAUUCACAGAAACUGACAGAUGCAGGACUUGUGACUGCACUACAUGCUUGUACCCAGCUGUAUGUGGACCCAUGGAGUACACUGAUGGUCCGCUUGGUUUCAGAGAGCCAAGAGCGGCUGGACAGAGGGCCAAUGGCCAUCAAGAACCUGUGUAUUUUGGGGGAGGCUCUCUUGGCUCUUGAGGGCCCAGGCUGUGGCAUGCUGAAGCAAGUCAUGGAUCAGGUACAAGAGCAGGGGGUGGAAGAGUGGAGCCCAGAGGAUGUGACAAUGGUCUACAACAUGCUGCAAGCUGGAGUUGGUGAAAGUGGUCAAUAUCAGGACCUCCUUAACACCUUGAAUAGCUUUACUAUAUCUAUAGCCUCCAAACUAAACCCUAAGUCUAUAAGCCACAUAUUGAAUGCACUAGUUGUCCUUAACCAAACCCAGGCCAUUCCUUUGGUCAUAAGCCUAUGCAAGCACUCUGUCAGGCAUGUGCCUCACUUUUCAGACGAAGAGCUGGUGCUGUUGCUGGGAGCUUUCAUGCACUUUGGCCAGAGUGACAGGUAUUUUAUUGAAGCACUGGAAAGGUAUGUACCCAAGAGCACCUUCACCAUGAACCCUGAGGCUGUCAGCAAAGUCAUGCAGUACUGCAGCCGCAGGCAAAUCCUCUCCAGGCCUAUCUUUGACUCUGUGGCACAGAGCUUUGUUUAUAGAGCAGACAAUUUAAGUACCAGCCAGAUUGCCAGACAGAUUAUGCCCUUUGGAAAGCUCAAUUAUCUGCCCCCAAAUGCAGGGGGGCUGUUCCGGAGAGUAGAGGGCAUCCUCAGGGACCGUUUCUCUCAGUUCCAGCCACGCACGUUGCUCAACCUGCUCCAUUCAUGCACACUCAUUGAAAGGUUUCCUGUUAACUUUGUGGCCAAAGUUUUUAGCCCCUACUUUCUUCAGCAGUUGGAAGCACAAGGAACUGGCUUGGACAGGAUUGUGCUUGCACAGCUGACACAGCUCUUUAUGACUGUGAAACUAGAAUGCCCCUUCUAUGAGGGUCCCAAGCUCCACUCUAAGUAUCGAGUGAAAUCUUUUCAGACCCCGGGACGGUCUUUGGAGAGCCCUGUAGAUGGGCAUCUGUACAACCGGGUGAAAACUGGACUGAUUGACCUUCUAGGGGCUAGAAUUUACUUUGCUUCUCGAGUGUUGACACCAUACUGCUACACUUUAGAUGUGGAAAUAAAACUUGAUGAAGAAGGGUAUGUGUUACCAGCUACUCACCAUGAGGAGGUCUAUAAGAGGAUUGCUGUGUGUAUUGAUGGUCAGAAGAGGUUUUGUGCAAAUAGUCAUCAUUUUCUUGGGAAGGAGGCCAUUAAGAAACGGCAUUUGAAACUGCUGGGUUAUGAAGUUGUGCAGAUACCAUUCUAUGAGUUUGAGAAGCUGCAUGACCGGAGUGACACAGUAGAGUACCUUCACAAGAAGAUCUUUCCACACAGCUACAGACUUAGCUGGUGAUUUCCAACAAUAAUAAUAAUUUAAAAAAAUAACUCUGAAAAAUGCAAUCACAAUGAUUGCUGGCUUUUAUAUUUAAAUAUAUUUUGUGAAAUGCCAACUAGUUCACACUGUUUCUUCAUUUGCAGCAAAAAAUACUGAUCAACACAUGACUUAAAAUCUGUAUUUUAUCAUGGAGCACUGUCGCCUUGGUUGUGUUUUUUUUUUACAUUUUUUUAUUCAAGAAUUAAAUUCUUUAAUUACUGACAACUGAAAUAACUCAGAAGCAACAACAUACUUUUUUUAAAAAAAGUGUGUAGUAAUCAAGUAAACUAAAAUUCCUUUUGAGUUAUGAAUGCUCUUGCCCAAGGUGGUCAUUUUUUGAUCUGAUGUUGUAUAAAGAUGCUAUGUAACAAAGUAGAUACCACACCUCUGUUAUGCUGACCAUCAGAAUUUAAAAAGUACAACAUAGUCAACACAGGAAUAAUAUUUAUUGUCAUCCAUAAAAAGCACUUACAUUUAUAAUUUAGUGCAGAUAAAUAACCUGCUCCAUCAGAAGGCGCACUGUUUUAUAUUGCUCACAGAGCAAUGUACUAUAGAUACUACAAA